AUAAUUUAAUUAUCUACUGGCAACUCUGAUUUAGUACAUGAAGAAGUGAAAAGAAUGAAUUACAAAAGAAAUUGUGAUGUGAUACUAAAAUUGAAGUACUUAGUUGUAAAUAUUUUUGGAGACUAUCAAUAAAACAGUUUAAUUACAGUUGAUAAUAAUUAUGAUCAUCAAUACCUCUUUGCUGCCGGCGUUAUUUUUUAUUUAUUGCUGACUAUUGUUUUUCGAAGAAGAUCGACGAAGGGAAAUGUUUUGCUAACAAAAUAAAAAAGAAAGACUUAUAUACGUCGUGUUCUUUGUCAUUAUGUUUUAUAGCAUUUGUGAUGAAAAACUGAUUAGACUUAUUGGUAGGUUUGACACCGAUUUUAUGCAUAGGAAUAUAUUUGUGCAGAUUUUGUCCAAUGGGCCAUUGUCUAAGCUGUUUAAAAAAUCAAGCUAAUGCUGAUAUUACUACACCAAAUGGCAAAAAAGAUGAGAUGACAGAGAUAGUUCCUGUGUCUGUUUAUCCGCAUGAAGAACCAUUAUUGCAUAAUAAUGAAAAUUGCACAAGCAGCUUCAAGAACACAAGGAUAACACAGAACGCUAACACAAUGAACUCUUUUGGUGAACAAAGUGCAAGCGAAACUGCUAAUAUACAGAAAACACAUCAGAUAUCAGAAAAAGUACCCAAGCCAUUCUAUCAAAAGUUGCCAUCAAUUCCAAGGACUAUGUCAUCUUUAGGAUCAAAUGAUCACAGAGUUUCUGAAACAAAGAUUAAUCAAUUAUUUGACCAAUAUAAAGACUCACUGGAGGAUGCAAUAUUAGCUGAAGGAAUUGAGAAUCUUUGUAAUGACUUACAAUUAAAUCCAGACGAUUUUAAGGUCCUAAUUCUUGCUUGGAAAUUAAAUGCUAGUCAAAUGUGUCACUUUACAAAAUCAGAGUUUAUACAAGGUUUAAAAAGCAUGAAAACUGAUUCUAUUAAAGGUAUUCAAAAUAAGUUAAAUGAAAUUACUAGCGAAUUGAGAAGAGACACUGAGCAGUUCAAAGAUUUAUACAGAUUUACUUUUAAAUUUGGUUUAGACGUUAAUAUAGGUCAGAGAAUAUUACCAACAGAUAUUGCAAUACUGUUGUGGCGUUUAGUUUUUACAAAUAAUGAACCACUUAUAUUAAAUAAGUGGUUGAACUAUUUAGAAAAGAAUCCACACAUAAGAGGCAUUCCUAAAGACACAUGGUAUAUGUUUUUAAAUUUUUGUGAGUUUGUUGGAGAUGACUUGAGCAGUUAUGAUGAUACAGAGGCUUGGCCAAGCCUGUUUGAUGACUUUGUGGAAUAUGAAAAUGAUCAGGUUAAUCAAAACAUUUCAAAAAAUGACAUUAAACUACAAGAUUAAUUUCCUAUGAAUGCCAAAUUUAGCUAAUAUAGGUACUUAAUAAGAUAUUGAGACUGAUAAAACCUGAAAUGGAUGUUAAAUGAUGUUAGUUAGCCUUUUUUCUCUCAUGAGACUAAGAUAUUGAUUGUGAUAGAUUCAAAGACCAAAAUUGCUUCAGCUGCGAGGAGCUUAUUGAAUGUCUUCAUAUAUGACAGGCACGGCUGAGACUAAUCACUAUGGCCAGCCUGAAGUUAGUCAUGAGCACCUUUCUUCUGUAGAAUAAAUUUUGACAGGAGGCUUACAGGGCAGUUGAAGUGACUUGCUGCAAGUAUAGUAUAAAGUUUAGGAACAGCUGUUCUGAUUGACUUUUAUUGAUUUAUUGUGCCACAACUCAAUAACUUUUUUUAUUACCAUGAGUUUGUGUUGUGCAUAGUAAUAUUAGUUCCACAUAAAGUUAUCUUUGGUUUUGAAGACUAUCCAGUGCAUUGUUUGAAAAUGAACAAAAAUAAAUGUGGGCAGUAGCUUAAGGUACUAAUAUCUUCAGCUUUAUGAGUUAAAAUGUACAUAAUGUACUGUUAUAUUUUAUAAUAUUACGUAUCUAUAUUACAUGUAAAACUAUUCUAGCAAUUCUUUUCUAUUAAGAACUUAUAAUUUUAUAUUUAACAUUCCACAUAUGGAAUUUGUGUAAAUAAUUUAUUUUUCAUUUGGGUAUGUUAAUCUGUUUGUUUUCUUAAUUCUGACUGUAUGUUGUUAAUUUUUACAGUUUGGUUGUUCAUACCACCACAUUCGAAAUUUUGCACAAACAGAAAAUUGCCUGAUACUAAUAAAAUAAUUAUUGUAAUGUGAUAUCUAGUUUUGUUACCUAGUUUUACGCGGUACUACGUCUUGGUAUAUACUAGCCUUUGCCCAUGUACGUUUUAUUUUUACGAAAUAUGGAAGGUGUCCAGUAACGAAACGAGAGUAGGUUAACAAUAAAUCUUUUUUAUAUCUUUUAUUGUGGAAUGGCUUCGCACUUGCCAAUGUCAAAUUAAAGUUUACUUUUUUAUCUGUUCAUCCUUUAGCACUUAUAUUAUAUAUCCAUGUAGCCAAAAAACUUAACAAAAAAUAAAAUCGCCUUCAAAAACCACUAAAAACCUAAAAAUAAUUUAAUAUUACCUAUAUACUGGUUACCAAUUUUGGAGUCUUAUUUAAAGAAAACUCCAUCUAAAUAGGAUCGUGGGCAUAUAUAUAACUAACAUACAUGCAGCUUUGUGAAGUCUUAAAAAACUUUUGUAGCUGCAACUGCAGUACUGUGUUAGUGAUUAGUGACGUGUAACACGCCAGUGGCGGCUUAAACUGGAGGGUAGUCCUGGGCGCUGGCGAAAAAGUCGCCGAUUUUUACUUUCUAACGGGUAAAUGCUUUAUAUGCCGAGAUGUUAUUAGCUGUAUUUUACAUUAAAAAAAUUGCAUACUCAAAUACUUACUCAAGCGUCAGUGUACCAAUUAGAGCUACCACCACCGCCGUGAGGUUAUAUAAUUUCGACCCUGAAAUACUUACUUGUUAUCUUGCAUUCUUGAUUGCACAUUACAUCACCUUUUAACAUGGUUUUACACUGCGGAUAUACAUAAUCCAUAGUCAUGUUCUGUUCGUUACAAACAAUUUUGAAGAUCAACUUUGUUCAUUCACGGGUAUGCUAUGGUGGACUCACUUAUUUAUAGUGAUAUAAAUUUAAGGAGUCAUUCUCAGAGUUUACCAAACUACGUAUUGUGAUUUGGACAAUAAAUUUUUGAUAAAGUUG